GUAGUCGGCUGUGGCCGAGCCUGCUGCGGCGGGGGCGGGGUGACAAGCGCGGGGGCGAAGGGGCCGCUCGCCCCCGUUCCCGGUUGCUGCCCGCAUCCUACCGGGGGGCGCAGGGAGGGCUCCUGGCUGUGGUCGGGGCCGGUAGUACGGUGUGGAGAUGGGGGGGCAGGGGGCCGUUUUUCUCCCUGACGCGCUGUGAGGUGCCCGCCGGGUGACUGCUCGACACCCCCUGGGUCUCCAGCCCCUUCCCCGCUGUGCCGUGCCCGGGGGAGCGUGUGGCCUCCAUCGAAGGGGUGUGGGCUUUAGACCGGCCCGUACCCGCCUCGCGUGGCAGUAGGCCCCCAGAGCGGCGGGCCCGGCUGGCUUCUGGUCCCCUGCUGUCGCCGGGUGCCUCUGCCCACGGGCUCUGCCGGGCUUUGCAGGGCCAAAAGUUAAAAUGUGUGAUGAUGUCCCAGAUAAUUGGCAUAUUGGAGAGAAAUGCCUUGCCCCUUGUCUUGAAAAUGGGAAACUUCAUGAAGGAACAAUAUCCUCUAUUGAAAAGGACAAGAAUGGAAAAUCAUUUGCUGUUGUAUCAUUCUUGGAGUCUGAAGAAAGGAAAAUACUAAUAAAUAAACUUUGUAGAGUUGAAGCCAGUAGAGGAUCCUGGAAAAGCUUAAUAUUUGAUGAUAGUGAUCUGGAAAAGCCUUAUUUUCCUGACCGAAAUCUUCCAUCUCCUGCAGUUGCUUUUGAAUUAUCUGACAAUGGCGAUUUUAUCCCAUAUACAAUUAACAGAUACCUGCGUGAUUAUCAAAGGGAAGGAGCACAGUUUCUGUAUGGACACUAUGCUAAUAAAAGGGGUUGUAUUCUUGGAGAUGAUAUGGGCCUUGGAAAGACAAUACAGGUCAUUUCGUUUUUGGCUGCAGUGUUGCAGAAAAAGGGAACACGUGAAGAUAUUGAAAAUAACAUGCCAGAAUUUUUACUGAGGACAAUGAAAAAAGAAUCAAAGUGUAACCCCAAAAAGAUUUUCCUCAUAGUGGCUCCUCUUUCAGUGCUGUACAACUGGAAGGAUGAGUUAGACACAUGGGGGUACUUUAAGGUCACUGUCUUACAUGGCAGUAAAAAAGAUGAUGACUUGAGUCGCAUCAAGCAAGGGAAAUGUGAAGUUGCCCUUACAACGUAUGAGACACUUCGCCUGUAUUUGGAUGAAUUUAACAGUGUGGAAUGGUCUGCUGUGAUAGUGGAUGAAGCACAUAGAAUAAAGAAUCCAAAGGCUCAAAUAACUCAAACCAUGAAGUCGUUAAAAUGCAGUGUCCGCAUAGGUCUUACUGGAACCAUUCUUCAAAACAAUAUGAAGGAACUUUGGUGUGUAAUGGACUGGGCUGUACCAGGACUUUUGGGUAACAGACUACACUUCAAGAAGAAAUUUUCUGAUCCAGUGGAGCAUGGCCAGAGGCACACUGCGACUAAAAGAGAGCUAGCAACAGGUCGUAAGGCCAUGGUGAAGCUAGCAAGAAAAAUGUCUGGCUGGUUUCUGAGACGUACCAAAGCGCUUAUCAGUCAUCAGUUGCCAAAAAAGGAAGACAGAAUGGUAUACUGCUCCCUGACCGAAUUCCAAAAAGCAGUCUACCAGGCUGUGCUAGAGACAGAGGAUGUAAGCUUAGUAUUACGAGCAGGAGAGCCCUGUAGCUGCAACAGCGGCCGUAAAAGGAAGAACUGUUGUUACAAAGUAAAUGCUCAUGGUGAAACAAUUAAGUCACUGCGCUUCAGUUACCUGACAAUCCUACAGAAGGUUGCAAAUCAUGCUGCACUGCUGCAGACAGACAACACUAGCAAGCAACAAGAAGCACAUAUCAAACGAGUGUGCAACCAGGUAUUUUCCAGUUUUCCAGAUUUUGUGCAGCUAAGCAAAGAUGCAGCCUUUGAAACGAUUUCGGAUCCAAAGUACAGUGGAAAAAUGAAGGUCCUUCAGCAGCUUUUAAAUCACUUCAGAAAAAACAAGGAUAAAGUUCUUCUUUUCUCCUUUUCUACAAAGUUGCUAGAUGUGCUGGAACAAUACUGUAUGGCAUCUGGGCUAGAUUACCGAAGACUUGAUGGAAAUACAAAGUCAGAAGAUAGGAUCAGAAUUGUAAGAGAGUUCAACAGCAUUCAAGAAAUUAACAUAUGUCUGGUAUCUACAAUGGCUGGUGGACUGGGUCUUAAUUUUGUUGGUGCCAAUGUUGUUAUACUGUUUGAUCCCACAUGGAACCCAGCAAAUGAUCUUCAGGCUAUUGACAGAGCUUAUAGGAUUGGCCAAUACAAAGAUGUUAAAGUGUUUAGAUUGAUAUCCUUGGGAACUGUGGAGGAGAUGAUGUACUUGCGACAAGUUUAUAAACAGCAACUUCACUGUGCAGUGGUUGGAAGUGAAAAUGCCAAGCGGUAUUUCGAGGCAGUGCAAGGAUCAAAGGAACAUCAAGGAGAGCUUUUUGGGAUCCAUAACCUUUUCAAACUUAGGACUCAUGGGUCCUGUCUUACAAAAGACAUCCUGGAGAGGGAAGGACAAGUAGAAGCAGGAGUUAUGACAGCAACUACAUGGCUAAAGGAAGAGACUCCUUCAUGCAGCUCAGAAAAGUAUGAGCAACCAGACUGUAAAGAAGAUAGACAGCCCAGAAGUAUUCAAGCGCAAUUAAAGAGAGAAGAAAUGGAUUUUUGUGAUGACUUUAGUGAUGAUGAUGUUCUAGAAACUUCUGUGAAAAAAUGUGACAGAAGGAAGCCUUGCAAUGUAAAUAAUUUAAUGGCAACAAAGAGACAACUUUCCUUAAUGCAGUGUGGAUUCUCUAAGUUGUUGCAGAGAAAAAUUGAAACUACCAAAGAAGAGUCUAAUAAUUAUAACUCUCAUCAUUCAAAUUCUGAUUAUCAAACUAUGAGAAAUGUAAAUAGCAAGCAUAGUGAUUUUCAGAAAUGUCAAAGCCAUGUACCUGCUUUGGAGCAUGGGAAAGCUGUUCAGUCAGCAGAUGGAACUGAUAAACGAGAUACACAUAGUACAAACUGGCUUGUUUUAUCAGACUCUGAGGAGGAAGAGAACAGAGAAAAUGAGGAUCAAUACCUUUUAAAGCAAAGUGAUGUAGUCAUUGAAACUGAAAGGAGUUCUGAAGAGAAUGAUGAUGUCAUCUUUCCUACCCAAGUUCCAGCAUACCAGCAACCAAUGCUUACUAAAAAAGUUGAAGUUUACAGGUCAGCAUCUGAAAAUUGUGAAGAGUUAGCAAAAGAAAAAGAUGGGUUGGUAUUUAAGGGAGACAGUAGGCAACUUAGAUUCCAUAGUACUGAGUCAAAUUUCAGCAAAGUCACGUCUUUUAAAGACAUCAAGAACAGCACAAGAGAUUUGAAAGGGGCAAGUGACAUAAGUGAUGAGUCUGAUGAUAUUGAAAUUUCCCACAAUUCUGAAUCAAGAAAGUUAAGUACUUCCAGCUUUUCAAAAUGGAAAGAAAGACACGCCCAUAAAAAUGGAUUAGGUAGCUUCUCCAAACCUCUGCUACAAUCAAAGAAGCCCAACAGAAAAGAAAAGGAAAAUAACUCUCAGAAUAUAGAUGAAUUUUCAUCCUCUGAAGAUAAUUUACCAGUUGAGAAAAUUUGUGCCAGAAAGCAAAGCUGUAAGUAUAAAAGACGGAGAGGCAGAGUUCAGUUUGGGUCUAAAGUGGUUCAUCUUAUUCAAGAAACCUCUGUUGCACAAACGAAGUCCAGCAAUUCUGCUGUGUGUAGAACCUCUGCAAGUAAAACUGAAUUUGAACAUCAAAAGCAAAAAGUGGAAUCAAUGGACAGAUACUUAGAUGGUGUUCAAGAAGUGGCAUAUAUUCAUUCAAACCAGAAUGUGGUUGGAUCCAGCAAGGCUGAGAAUCGCUUGAGCCGGUGGGCAGUGCGAGACGUAUUUGAGUUGAAGCAGUUUUCCCAGCUCCCUGCUAAUGUAGCAGUCUGUAGUGCCAAGAAAAAUGAAGAAAACCCAGAAGAAGACACAGCAGAGAAGAACAUUAUUAAUGGAGGGCAAGAAAUGUUGACAAACAGUAAGCAACAUCACCUGUAUCUUAUGUAUCCUGUGACCCAGAAAAACAAAAAAGUACACAGAGCAGGUUCAACCACCUUCUUGGUUGGAAAGACACCCAAGGGGAUCUGCAGGAGACAAUUUGAGGAAAUGGUAUCCCACUUUAAUAUGGGAUCAGUGGAAGAACUAGCAGAACAUAUUGCAAAAGCUACAUCAGAAACAAGGCAGAUGAUGUUGAAGGAAUUCUAUGUUUCCAAGCAUCCAGAGAUGGAGUCUUUCUUCCCAGUUGAAAUACCAGCACAAGCUUCACAUGACAAUGAGGAAAGAGAAUUGGGUACAACAUGCUCCAGAAAAAGAAAAUCCAUUGUUAAUUUUGAAAGAUCUAGGUCUAGAUCUUCAUCAGCUAAAGGUCCACUUUUGAGUGGAACUACAGAAACACAGAACCAGCAGAGCCACAAGGGAGAAUCAGAGCAACUUCACAAUGACUCCUACAUGCAAGAUACGUGUGUUGAUGCAAAAUAUAAACAAUCAGCCACUGUUGCUACUCAACAUAUCGAAAGGAGAAACAGUCAGACAUUCAAGGAUUUUAUGGCAUCUGGCUCAUCAAGCAGUAAAUCAGAAAUAAUUGAGGCGCUGUCUGUAAAAAGUUGUGAAGGACAGCAGGACUCCAAAGGAACACAGCCACCAAGAAAAAGAUCUCUGUCUCAGUCAGAAAAUGGGGAGAGAAAAGCUCAGACUUUUAAGAAGUCUUUUGUGGACUUACUUGGAGAUACUUCUUUUCUUAGUGACCUCUUCCGAAAUGAUGGAAACAGGCCUACUGAAUCACCAAGGAGAUUCCCUUCAGGGCAGGUACAAAAAUCAAAGGAGAGACCAAAAGACUUCUGGGACAUGCUGACUGAGCAGAAUGAGGAGAGCCUCAGAAAGCUCACGGACAUAGCAGUCAUAGAGAAGCUGUGUGAAAGACCACCUUAUCCCCCAGUGACAGAAGAGAGAGAGGUGUGUGAAAGUUCUCUUUGGAAAAAAAAUGAAAAUUUUCUAUGGAAAAAAUACAGUCCAGAUGAUUCAGAUGAACCAUCCACUGCUACAUCUUAUAAUGUAGUAAAAUGAAAGUUUUCUGUGUGAGUUGCACUAUAAUUAUCUUAGUUAAACAUUAAAAUAUGCACAACUUCAGCAGUAUGCAGCAAAAUGUGAUACUUCCAUGAAAUUAAAGGCAAAGUAAUGAAUUCAUAUUUAUGAUGAUACAGAUUUUAUAUUUUAUGUAAUACAUAGUAUAUAUGUGCAUAUAUAGUACAUAUGUACUAUAUAUUAUUGUAAGCUAUAAUAUCUUAAUUUUAAAUUAAACUUUUUAAA